AAAGUUAGGUUAAUCAAUUUUGUUGUUGUGUCUGCUGUGGUUUUCGAAGACUGACGCAUGAUAUUCCUGUUUUCCUUCUGAAAACAAGUAUUCAGCAUCAAAAUGGUGUUCGAAUCCCUUGUUGCAGAUCUCCUAAAUAGGUUCCUUGGUCCUUACGUCGAGAAUUUGGACGCUUCACAGCUGAAACUUGGCAUUUGGUCCGGUGAUGUUGUUCUUCAAAACCUAUUUGUGAAGGAAGGUGCUCUGGAUGAACUUGACCUUCCGGUUAAGAUCAAGGUUGGUAACAUUGGAAAACUCACUUUGAAGAUUCCAUGGAAGAACAUCUACUCUGCUCCAGUCGUAGCCACUCUUGAAGGAUUGUACGUUGUUGCAGCCCCAAAUGCUGAUAUCAAGUACAAUGCCGAAAAGGACCAGAAACAAAAAUUUGAAGCCAAGCAAAGAACUCUGCAGAGAGUGGAAGAUGCCAAGACUAAAGAGAAAGAAAAGGAUAAAGUGAAAGACCCCAAAGCAGACUCCUUUGCCGAGAAGCUUGCUAUGCAGGUGGUCAAGAAUGUCCAGGUGAAGGUUUGUGAUAUUCACGUCAGAUACGAGGACAGGACAACCAAUCCCAAGGCUCCGUUUGCUCUCGGUGCUACGCUUCAAAACAUCUCAUUGGAGACAACAGAUGAAAAUUGGCUUCCAUGUGUUGUAGACCAAACAGUCCAGCUUGUACAUAAGAUGCUUCGACUUGAUUCGCUAGCUGUCUACUUCAACACAGGGUCUGAUAUGUAUACCACCAAGGAUAGGCAAGAAAUGCUGGAUAUCAUGAAGAGCUCUAUUGCUACAGAAGGCAGUAUACCUAAGGGAUAUCAGUACCUGAUAGAGCCCAUCUCAUCACAAGCCCAGCUAAGGCUCAAUCCCAAACCAGAGUCCAACCUAUCUGUCCCUCAAGCCUACGUCAACUUGGUCAUACAAAGCAUUGGUGUGGCUCUCCGUCGCAAACAAUACCGAGAUGUGAUGCAGCUGCUUGGAUCGUUUGAGCGAAUGACUCGCAACGAACCAUUCAGGAAAUACAAGCCAGAUGUUCCCCUCCGAGGCCAUGCAAAAGAAUGGUGGCACUAUGCUCAGAACAGUAUCUUGGAGGAGACCGUCAGACGGAGACAUCGUAUGUGGUCGUGGGCACACAUCAGCAAACAUCGUAAGCUGGUCAAAGAUUACAUCGGUCUGUACGUCAGCAAGCUGGACACCAACAAACCUUCCAAAGAUCUUCUCAAGAAACUUGAGGAUAUGGAGAAAGAGCUUGACGUAUUCAACAUCACCCUGAGCCGACAACAGGCCGAAGUAGAGUUCAAGAAGAAGGGUUUGAAGAAGAAGAAAGAGAAAGCAGAGAGCGGAGGAUGGUUUGGAGGAUGGUGGGGUGGAGGAAAGAAAGAUAAGAAGAAGAAGGAAGAAGAUGAAGAUGACCUGUCAUCUAUUGCUGAUAAAUUCCAGGAGGCUAUGACAGAGGAAGAGAAAGCCAAGCUGUAUUCUGCUAUAGGAUACAGUGAGACUUCCGUUAAUACUACUCUACCUAAAGAUUAUGUUGGAGUGGAUGCAAACUUCAAGUUGUUGGAAACCAGUGUAAAGCUCUAUGAGGAUGAUGAUGAUGAAUUACAGAUCAUUAACCUUGCGGUCACAGACCUUGGUGCUGUCUUCAAACAGCGACCAGCGGCAGAAGCAAUCAAGCUUGACCUACAGCUUGGUGAGUUCAGCGUCCUUGGAUCGCCAAACAAUGGACAGCGCCCUCAGAUGGUGGAGUCUCAGGUCACUCUGGAAGAUGAGAAAGUCUCAGAAGUCAGCCUUCAGUUUGAGACCAAUCCUAUGGACGGCAAAGCUGAUCAACGUAUCAUCCUACGGACACAGCCUCUCAAAGUGGUCUACGAUGCGAAUACAAUCAACAGUAUAGCAGCUUUCUUCAAACCUCCACAAGAUGUCAGGCUGGAUGACCUAUCUGCAGCCGCGAUGUCCAACCUGACGGAACUUGGCUCCACCUCAACGACAGGUCUUCAGUUCAUGGUGGACAACAAGCAGAUCCUGGAUAUCAGUGUGGAUGUUAAGUCUACCUAUGUCAUCAUCCCAGAGAAAGGUGUAUUUGAUGGCUCAGGAUCGGUGCUCGUUGUGGACCUUGGAAAUUUCAAAAUGAGAACGGAAAGCGAGGAGAGACAUGUAGGAGAAAGAACAGAGAAUGAAUCACUUGAGGAUCUCAUGAGAAAGGCCUAUGACCGAUUCAAUCUUGAUGUUCAAGAUGUUCAGGUUAUCUUUGCUCCUAAAGGGGAGGAUUGGCAAGCCAUACGUAAGCAGCACGGAUCCCCUCUUCAUCUCCUUCAGCCAAUGGAUCUACAUAUCUCAUUACAGAAAUGUAUGGUGGAAGAUGUAAGACUUGCCAAGAUGAAAGUGACUGGUGAACUACCUGAUGUAUCCAUCACUCUAUCAGAUCAUAAGCUGAAGCAGCUGCUUGCCCUGGCUACCAGUAUACCCUUACCUGAGAGUGAUGAACCCGAAGCACCUACUGCCAAGAAAGAUAGCAAGGGUGUCUCGGGAGCAGGAGGGGCAGCAAGAGGAGGCCCAGGAGGCCACCAGCAAGACUCGUCCGCCUCCGUAAGUGUGGUCAAAGCGCUUGCGUCUUUGGAGGAACUCGAUGGUUAUGAGACGGCGAGUGAAUGGACAGAGGGGGAGACGUACGCUGUAGGGAGGGGCAUUUCAGACAGUAAACUCAUGGCAGUAGCAGGAGAUGACAGUGAUGAUGAAUUUAUGUCUGCUGACGAGGGGUCGAGUCCAACGCUUUCCAAGAAGAAACAAGCCUUACAGAGACAAGAGAGCACCAGCGUCUACAUGAGAUCGGACGUGGAGCUCCAGUUUGAACUAAAGAAAGUUGCUUUGAACCUAGAUCAGGUGGAUGCGGAUGGAACGGAGAAACCUGUUCUUGGUGUGGCCAUCCAUUCCUUGGGAGCUAAGGUGGAAGUCAGACCUCUUGAUAUGAACUUGGAGCUGUCCCUUGGAAGUAUAGCAGCACAGCAUCAUAAAUUCCAAGUACCUGGAUCUGAUAAGUUGUAUCUGGUUAGAACACCAGCUUAUGAUGAAAAAGCAGAAAGACUCCUGUCUGUCAAAUAUCAUAAGAUCGACAAGAACAACCCAGAGUUUGCCACCACUUACAAGUCAACAGAGCAGACGAUCACAGCUCACUUCACCACUCUUGAGGUAGUAGCUCACUGUGAAGCUAUCCUGGAUAUCACCGAGUUUGCAGAUACCCUGGUGGCCAGUCUGGACCAAGGCAAGACACCGGCCACCGAGGAUGGACAGGUAGAGGACGAGGGAUACAGCAGUGAGGAUGAUAAGAAACCAGAACGCAAGCGGACCAAAGGAGUAAAAGCAACUGAUGUCAUCGAUGUCCAGGUUGUAGCCACUCUAGACACCAUUGCUCUCGUGGUGUGCACCCAAGAGGCUAGUCUUACAGAGGUUGCUGUCAAAGGACUGGAGGCCAAUGUGACUGUUCAGAAACACAAGACUUGUGUGAAUGCAUGUCUACAGGAUAUCACUGUGGUUGAUCCCACACCAGAUGCCAUUCAUCCAAGGAUCCUGUCAACCUUAGAUAAAGAGGUCUUCCAGAUGGCUUUGACCCUGUACAACCAUGCUACAGUAGGUGAGCUCUAUUCAGACAUGAAUGCCGUUGACAUGAGGGUAGGAUUGAAGGUGGGGUGCAUCCGAGCCGUCUUCCUCAACAAAUUUGUCAAUAAUCUUCUGGGUUUUGUUGAUAACUUCAAUCGUGCCAAGGCGCUUGCUGCAGAGGCCGGGGCAAAUGCAGCUACUGCUGCCCAACAUGCUGCAGAGGACAUCAACGCAAAAGCAACACGCAUUGCGAUGGAUAUCGUAGUCAAGGCACCGGUCAUCGUCAUCCCUAGUAACUCGACGUCUGAGACAGGUCUGGUUGCAGACUUUGGUCAGUUGAGUGUGAAGAAUUCUUUCAGUAUAGUGCCUGGAUCGGAAACCCUUGAGAAUCCAGCUGUGAUAGAUUCCAUGCAUGUUGCCUUGGAGUCCAUGAAGCUGUCUCGAGCAAUCAUCCAGCAGGAAGCUGUGAAAUCAGAAGUGCCCAUUCUUCAUCCCAUGUGUCUACAUGUCACCUUGGCUAGGAACCUGUCUGCGGCCUGGUACCAUGGGGCUCCGGCUAUAGCUGUCUCAGGGAAACUUGAAGCCAUUGAGAUUUCCAUUGCAACUGAUGACUUUGGCAUAGUGAUGUCGGUCCUGAAUGAGAAUCUGCAGGAAGGUCAGCCAGAGAGCAAGCCAGCUGUGAAACCAGUCCAGGGUGCAGGGGAUGCACCUACUGCUGCUGAGGGUGAAGCACCCAAGGAAGGGACUACCACUGAAACCACUGCAGCAGAAGUGACACCCAGCAGCAAGCCAGAAGAAGAGAAAGCAGCCGAGGAACCAUGGGUUCAGGUCAAAGCUGAUUUUGAGAUGGAGAAGAUUGGCGUCUCCCUUUAUACAGGAACUCAUGACCUGACUGCACUGAGUGGCACCCAGGAGAGGCAAGCCAAGAAUAUCCUGGGACACUUUGCCGUGUGUCGGUUGAUUGUAGGAGCUACUGUCAUGUCAGAUCAGGCUGUAGAGGCAAAGACCAAGCUUGGUGACAUCCUUCUGAAUGAUAUGAGGUCCUCCAAUCCCAAUGCCAUUACGAGAAUGAUAUACAGAUAUGGGGAGACAGAUGAGAACAUUGUGGAUGUGGACUUCAUGAUGUCUGCCAAGAAAGCUAUCAGUUUGGAUGCCAUCCUGCGCAACCUGCGUGCUUGCAUCUGCUCUGAAUUCCUGGUGACCUGUGCAGAGAUCUUCACCAAGGCUCUUCCAUCGGAUGCUGCGGCCCAGGGGACCAAGUCCAGCACCAGUUUAACCUCCAAGCCAUCUACCACCAGCAGUCAGGCACCACCACCAGCUGAAGAAUCCCCCAAGAAUGACAUGCAGAUCAAGGCCGUCCUGCAGGAUCCCGAGAUAAUCCUAGUGGCUGAUUCAACCACAAUGGACACCAAUGCUCUCAUUCUACAGACUUCAGGUGAAGUGAACCUGAUCCAAUCGGAUGGUACCAUGAAGAUGAGUGGAGGAUUACCUGUGCUGAGGAUCGAUGCUUGCCCAUUCAAGGAAGAGCUCAGGAAAGGCAGAACCAGCAAGGUUCUUGUACCAUGUCAUAUUGACUUCCAUCUGAGUUCCCCAGAAGGUCAAGGUCAGAAGAUCUCAGUUGACCUCCCUGAGCUGGUACUCAACAUCUCACCGGAAACGGUCAAGAUUCUCUCAGCCGUAGCUCAAACUCUCUCUCCAUCCAAGGCUGAAGAAGAGGAAGAGAAGAAGAAGGCUGUUGAUAUGUCAGAUGUGUGGGAUGUGAAAGCUCUCAAAACAAGUGAUUUCUGGUUCUUACAAGAUGAAGAGAUUGACGUGGAUGACAUUAGCCAAGUCCUGUCGAUGGUUCCUGCCGUGCCCCCUCCCCAGCAAGUAGAAGAGCUAGUAGCCAACAUCAAGACCAUAGUAGUGAAGAUCGAGGCUGCUCAUGGACGUCGCUUUGUCCCCAUGCUCAUCCUCGAGGCCAGCAUGCAUGCCAUCGUCAAGGACUGGUCCUCUCGGUUGUAUGUUGAGAGCCACAUGAAGGUGGAAGUAUCAACAUACAAUGAGAAGGUUGCAGCGUGGGAGCCAUUGAUUGAAUCCAUUGAGCAGCCUAAUGAGAAGUACAUCCCUUGGAGUCUCUCAGUUACUGUUGUCAAGAAUGAUGAUCUUCUGGACGCUGGGUCGACCGCCAUAUCGUCAGAAGAUGAGGACAGUGAGAAUGUGAAUCUUGCUCCUCCUGCCAUGACGGUCAGUGUGUCUGCUGAGGAAACACUUCAGAUGACCGUCACCAAGACGUCACUUGCACUCUUUACUAAACUAGGACAGGUGUUUGGUGAAGCGAUGGCAGAACCGACAACAUCCUUGAAAGAUACCGAUGUCAUCCCGGCUUGCACUGUCAUCAACCAAACGGGAGUAGCCAUUACUGUCAAACCUGGUUCUUACUAUGAGAGUCCCAAGUCUGGAGAUGUUGUUUCUGUCAAGCACACAGAGAGUAUUGUUCUAGAUGUAUCGGAUAGAGUUAGAGCAAGCAAGAAGAUGGCUUUGGUCAAUAAGUCACCCAUCUCACCGUCAGAUAUGGAACUAUCCAUUCAGGUUGAGGGGUAUGAGGAGCUCCGUCGUAUCCCGAUAGUCCAGGCCGGUAGUGUUCUCUACAACCUACAACCCAUCAAGAAAUCAUCAGAGAAGAUCACCUCUAUCACCCUAGAGAUCAAAGCGACCCUUGACAUGAGACAGGUCAUCAUUAGGUCACCACUUCAGAUCUUCAAUCACUUUGACAAACCAGUUGACAUCUAUACCAGAGUAUCAACCCAUGUAGACAAGCUAGGUGAUGUUCAGCCCAAUGAAAGCUUUGUAGUACCCCUACACAUAGCUCACACGCAAGAACUGCUCGCUAGACCAGUAGAUGAAAGCUAUCUGAUGUGUGAUCAGCCCAUCCUGUAUGAGAACCUAUGGAAAGAUAAGACAACUGGUGGUAAAAAGCAGGUCACUUUCCGAUGUCCUGCAAAGGUCGAUGGAUACACACCGUUCUUCUUCAAUGUUCAAAUUCUUGAAGAUGUUUUACGAGAUGUCGAAGGAACAUCGCUUCAUUCUCCAAAGUACAACAUCCACCUCCACCCAGUAGUUACUCUGAGGAAUCUCCUGCCUAUCCCCAUCUAUUACACACUACAGGGCUCAGCAGAUGAGGUUAAGAUUGAUCCAUGUGAGCAGAGCAAGAUGUUCAAUGUGGAACUUGCCAAGACCAUGAUGUUUGUCAGGAUUGAAGGCUACAAUAACCUCGAAUGGCGAGGUGAGAUGACCCUCCGAACGACCCUUCAGGAGUAUUCACAGCUUGGGUUCAGAGGACCUAACAACAAGUGGACAGAGGCUGGUGUAUGGUAUGAUUAUAGCCAGGGAUUCAUUGAUAUGGCUAUGUUUGUACCCUACACGCUCAUCAACAAGACCGGAUUACCCAUCGCAUACAAGGGUGGAGGAGAGGAACAGAUAGAUCAUCCUGCCGAUAGAGAGGAACCAAUCUUCUUUUCUUAUCCAUCAAAAGUCUUCAGCCCUGGCAAGAAUAAGAUCCAACUGAAAGUUGGUGAAUCGCAAUGGUCAGACAAGUUUUCUCUGGACACAGUCGGCAGUUCUGGGUUCAUUUCUUGCAAGCUGUCCAGUAAAGAUUAUGAGGUUUUAGGACUAAUGCUUGCUCAGGGAAGUGGCGUACGACGACCAAAAAAAUACAAUAUCAGUGUUCAGAUUCAGCUGAGUAACUUGGGAUUCUCCAAAGUGGUUAUGUUCACACCAAGAUAUCUCCUAGUCAACCAAACCCACUAUGAUAUCUGUUGUGCUGAACCCAAAGGAACAUUCCAGGAUGUAGCUGUUGGACAGUGUGUACCUUUUUGGCCUGUUGACAAGAAAGAGAACAACAAACUAGUGGUGAUGAAGAAAGGAGGGACGGAGACAUCUCUUCCGUUUGAUUUCACAGAGCCGCAGACGACAGUACUCAGACUCCCAGAGGUUGGUGGUAUCAUUGUGGAGAGCCAGGUAACGGAGACGGCCACUGUCAUCGCUUUCAGAAGCUUUGCUGUCGGUCACUUCACCACUCAACUGGUCAACCACACUACCGAUGUUCCAAUCACCUUCAAUCAGUUCGGAGUUGAAGAGAAGCAGUUCUUGGCUCCAGGAGAGACCAGCCUGUAUACAUGGCAGAACCCUACUGGAAAGAGACAACUUGUAUGGACAGUGGAUGGUAGAGACAGCAAGAAUGAACUCAAUAAGAACGCAUGCAAUACUACUUGUGCCAUAUCAGAUGGCAUUGGAGAAAUUAAGCAGUCUAAUAAGAAGCUGUUAUACUGGGUGUCUUUCCUGAAUGGUACUGGCAGAGUCAUACUCUUUACUGAAGAUCUAGCCAUUGCUACCAAAUCUCAACAGGCUGCAGAAUUAGAACAGCCUGAUUUGGAGUUGUUAGUCUCACUUCCAGGCAUUGGUCUUUCUCUUGUUAACAACAUAUCAAGAACAGAAGUAGCAUACAUUGGUCUCAUCAGCUCUGGGAUUAUCUGGCAGAACAAGGUCCGUCGUCGAUACAAGGAUCUUAGCAUGAAGGAGAUGAAGAGCUUAGAAGAAGGAUUCGUCAAGGCAGGACUAGAUGCCAGUGAUCAGAAGGACCUUCCACCCAGAGUUUACAAGUUAGAUCAUGGCAUGGAGGUUGACUAUGGACGUAUGUUGAUGCUGGCCCCUAAGAAGCAGCAGCUGAGACGUACCUACCAUUCUGGUGUGUGGGCCCAAGUGCGUACCUCUAAGCAUCAGCUUCAGCUUCAUCUGACCAUCAACAGACUACAGGUGGACAAUCAGAUGCCUGCCGCUAUCUUCCCUACCCCGGUGGCUCCCGUACCCCUCCCUAAAACAGUGGCAGCUGAGAGUGCUCCUAAACAGCUCUUAGAGUUCAGCAUGAUGGUUCGUUUCUCAGAGCACAGUACGGUCAAACAGAUCAAGUACCUCAAGCUAUUGGUCCAAGAGAUGGCGGUCAAACUGGACAUGGGAUUCCUGGCCAAUGUAGCCGCCAUCUUCCAGUCAGAUGAGGAGCAAGUUAUUGAUAGGGUUGCUCUGCUUGAGUUAGACAAGGAGCUAAUAAGAUCAGAGCUAGCUGAUGCUGAGUAUGUCAAGGUCGCUUUGGCCAAAGACUUCAACUUCUAUGAUUCAUUCCAUCUCUCUCCACUCAAGAUUCAUGUGAGUUUUUCUCUGUCUGAGACUGGUAAAGAGGAUAAGUCUUUAUUGAGUGCCCAGGCCAAUGCCCGUCAGAACGCCCUCAAUCUCCUACUACAGAGUGUUGGGGUCACCUUGACCAAUGUAGAUGAUGUUAUCUUCAAGCUUGGUUUCUUUGAGAGAGAGUACCAGUUCUACAGCCCAGAGCAGCUAUCAUCGGAGGUAGUACGUCAUUACUCUAAUCAGGCCAUCAAACAGCUCUAUGUCCUCGUUCUUGGUCUUGAUGUUAUCGGUAAUCCAUUUGGUUUCGUCAGAGGAGUAGGAACUGGUGUCAAAGACCUCUUCUAUGAACCUUAUCAGGGUAUUGUGCAAGGUCCUGAGGAGUUUGCUGAGGGGGUAGCUCUUGGUAUGAGGAGUCUCUUUGGACAUGCAGUUGGUGGAGCAGCAGGAGCUGUAUCCCGCAUCACUGGAACCUUGGGUAAAGGUCUGGCCGCACUCACCAUGGAUGAAGAUUAUAAGAAGAAGAGACAACAAGCUAUCAACCAAAGACCUGCUACAUUCCAAGAGGGUCUAGCCAGAGGUGGCAAGGGGCUUGUUAUGGGUUUCUACGAAGGUGUGAGUGGCGUUGUUAAGAAUCCAUUUGAAGGUGCCAAGAAGGAAGGAGCUAAGGGAUUCUUCAAGGGUGUAGGCAAGGGUCUUGCUGGAGUGGUAGCCAAGCCUACUGGUGGUAUCAUUGACUUCGCCAGCGGUACCUUUGAGGGAAUAAGAAGAGUUGUAGAAUCCGAGGUUGAGAUCCGGAAGCUGCGUGAACCUCGCUACAUCGGUGCGGACGGUAUCAUCAGAGCCUACAACAAGUCCAUGGCUCUCGGCAACUCACUCCUCCUCCAAGUAGACAAGGGCAAAUAUGCUCACACAGAGGACUAUAUUGCUCACUUGCAGGUCACAGCGGACAAGAAGAGUUACCUUCUAGCUACAGACAAGCGGUUAAUCUAUACCUCACGAGGUGACAUGCUUGGCCAAUGGAAUGUGGAGUUUGAGUUCCUUUAUACCAACCUCAAAGAACUACCAAAGAUUACUGAGAAAGGAAUUCUCAUCGAACCAAAGGAGAUGAAGAAAAAGAAGGAGAAGCAGGAAGCACCGAAAGGAAAGGGUCCUCUUGGAAGAGGUUUUGGUAAUCGUUUAGGAAGCCUGAUUAGAGGCAAGCAAGGACCUGGCAAGAUAGUACACAUAUUAGACCAGAAAACUGCUGAGGUAUUUGUAUCGAAGGUUCACUUUGCUAUUGCCAAGGCAACAGACGCAAUAUGAGUUCACUCAACCCAUGCAACGUGUACAAGACUUGUAUUUUUCAUAACCAUAUAUCAUGAGAACAUAUUCCUUUGUAGUGAUAUGUUUUGUUACUUUUUAAGAUAGUUAAACAUGUUGAUCUAUACCUUUAAUCUUUCAAAAUAUUUUCCAUAUGGAAAUAUGGAAGGCUUGUUUUUGUAGAUAUUUUGUUUUUAUAAUGGAAUUUAGUAAAUGUAUCACAUAAAGUGAUUGUGAAUGUCAAAUUCUUAAAAUGUAGACUUUUAAAAAUGCGAGUUUGGGAAAGUAAAGGGAAUAGAAUAUUUGAAGUUGUCUGUUGCCUAUUGCAGAGAGUUGCAGUUAAAAAUCGCAUUCAAGUCCCCAAUACAUGCAUUUUAUUGGUUAAGAAUCAAGUUAAAUUUGAUCAUAACACUUUAUGUAACAGGCCCCUCAUCGCCAAUGAUUCAGAUGGAAUUUUUUUGUAUUAGGCGUCUACAUUCGAUAACAUUUUCUGUGCUCAUAACUGCUUGCCACUUUGUGUGAAUUCAAUAGGAUAAAAUGAGAAAUAGAAAGAACAUUCAUUUCAAGUCUAGUUUAAAGGAUGAGUUUUUUAUCGUGGUCAUUUCAAAUGGCUUCAAAUUCAAUUGAGAAAAGCAUGUCUCUUGUUCCAAAAUAUGCUGUAUUUUCAUGUGGUGACUGAAUUUUAGGACAAAAUAUGUAUUGCUAAUAAUUAUCAUAUAUGAUUAUGUUAGUGAUAGAGAGCAUGUAGAUUUUACCCUGAAGUCCUUGCCUUUCCUAAGCAUAUUAUCAAAAUCUGUUAUUUUCUAAUAUAUUAUACUGAUAAAUAAUGUAAAAAUCAUAAGUAGGAUGUAUUGUGGCACAGUGGAUAAGUCUCUGGACUUUGAAACCGAGUUGUGGGUUCAAUUCCCAGUCAUGGGAUAUUUUCCUUCAGCAAGAAAUGGAUCUACAUUGUGCUGCACUCAACACAGGUGAGGUAAAUGGGUACCAGGCAGGAUUAAUUCCUUGAAUGCUAGUGCUAAAGCUGGGGUAAAAUAUAGUGCGCCAAAAUUAGCAACUAGAUGAGUGGCGCCCUAUAAAUGCUAUAUAUUAGGAAGAUUUCAACAUCAUAUAGGUAAUAUUAUUGAUAGUAAACUUGACAUGUGUUACCAUUUUGUAAAUUUAGGUAUUUUGAACUUAUUAGACAGCUGAACCUUAGAAUCUGUUUGAGGCUGAUCCGAAUCAACAGUACUAAAACUAUAAAAUGGUACAAUAUCCCAUUAUUUAAUGGCAAUUAAAUAAUAUUUUUUCCUUCAUAAAGGGUGUGUGGAUGACUAUAAACAGUUCAAGAAUUUGUAAAUAUGUAUCCCAAGUAAACAAUUUAACAAUGAAUUUUCCCUAUUAUAAUGAAGUAAAAUAUGUUUAAGGGCGACUUCAGUAACAUCUUUUUAUAUAACUGAAAUGUAAAUACCUAUUAAUCAUUUUGCUGAAGUGUGGAUGAAAGGUAAAAAAAGUUAAUCAUGCUUAACCCAUAGAGAUGUAUAACUCUCGUAACAUUGAUUUCCUCCUCAUAUUGACAAUUGUUAAAUUUUGAAUACAUUUGUAUGCAUGCUUAUUGAUAUAACUUUGUUAAAAAUGCCAAUAUAGUGUGUUAUGAUAAGCCUAACAGCUAUUGUGCUGGAACAGUACCACAUACUGCAAUGAAAAUGUUAUCAACUUUUUAAAAUAAUUCCAUGUUGCUGUACCUUCAUGGGUUUAUGGAUACAGGUGAAUUGAUUGUAAAAUACGUUCUAUGUCUUCGAUACACUGUUAAAGUCUUUGGUAACCUCUCAUCUGUAGGCAUGGCUAGAAAGGGGUGGAGUCAAGUAACGAAUUGUACUAGUACUUGUCAUGAUGGAAGAUCUCUAUGCCUGCCACACUGCAAGCACUACCUAUGGGAUGGGGGCGGUUUCAUGAAGGAUCUUGUCAUUAAUUUUCACACUCAUUUGUCCUGAGCCAAUCAGGAUCUUUGUUCAUGCAGAGGAGAUCUCCGCUACAGAACUUUGCUAGCUUACUGCUUUGAAAUUGUACAUUUGUUUGUGAUUCUAGAUAAUUUUAAUGCUUUGUAAUUCUUUUGAUGUUUUGUAUGUCUUUUUACUAGUGCAUGGUCUUGUUUUUUGUAUAUAAUUUGUGUUUUGUUUGAUUUUGCCAGGGAUGGGGUGAAUCUGCCAGUUAAUUACCCAAACCAUGCCGGCAAAUUGAAAUCCUUCAAAUCAUUUUAAUGACGAGUAUCUUGUUCAGGCUCGAAAUGGCUUGCAAAUUCCUCUUUAGACAAAAACUUCUGUCUAUUCCUCAGUUCACUUUUCAUGUUAUAGAAAAAAAGUUACUGUUUGUUUCAUGGAAA